AUGAACGGGAUGGACAAUCCACUGCAGGAAUGCGGCCGAGCCGUAUUUGAGACGUCGCGUGAAGAAGUCUGUGGUCGAAUUGAAGGGCUGGCAGAAGGUUCGUUGGAGAUACUUCCCGUUGAUGAUUUACUUCACAAUCGGGAUUUCUUUGAUGCCACAACAGCGAGGCCAAUAUAUUAUUCAAAAACUCCAAACACGAGAACAAACGCUACUGAUCUGGUAUUCUUCACUGGGCAUCGGUGGGUCCUUACAGAUAGCAACCAACUUUUUGGUCUCAAUACUACUAGGGCUGGGAUUACAACUGUCGACGUUCUCCAAGACUUUUUCUACAGAGACCAAGUUAGGUUUCAAUCCACAAGACAGAUUGGCGAGUGGGUCAGUUUAGUAAGCGAGAGAGUGGAAAUCAGCAGCGAUGAAGGAUCGCCUCUUGGUCUUCUCUGGUUUUAUCCACGGUACGAGGAGAGCCCUCUCAUCGAUUUUCCCGCGGCUGAUAUUGCUAGACCAGUGACAGCUCCCUUUCCCUGUGGCUUCUGUGAUGAUGAUAGCAAUCCUUGCUUGUACGAAGGAAAGUGCAACACUGACACUGGUUUCUGCAACUGUACACAUGGUGCUUCUGGGGCUCUUUGUCAAGACAAGCCACUUGCAAAUGGUAUUUGCAAUGUUUACUUUAAUACGGCGGAAUUUGGCUAUGAUGAAGGCGAUUGUUGUCUGGGUACUUGUAUUGGGCCCACUUGUGGAGAGGAUGAUCUGCCCUCUCCAUUCAAUAGACAAUGGAGUGUUUUUUUCUCGCUGGAGGUCCAUGACACUUUCGAGAAUCGUCAAAUUCCUUUUGGAAUCUUGCCAGAAUCAGAGCCAGACUUCAUCAGUCUUCCGUUUUGGUUUGAGCAUUGUAUCGAUCCGCGGAUGGCCAAAGUGACUCUUGAGGUUUCUCCGUUGGCUGAAACUAUAGGCUACGCGGACUUUAUCCCAGUCACAGUUCGUUGUGAUGGGAUUCUAUACUUCCAAACUCCUCUAUUGGGCUUCGAAACGGACGAAGCUUCCUUUCGACAGGAGCUGAAUCUCCCAUAUGGCUCUGUAUGCACUUUUGACUUCCCGAUGGAGACAGCUUAUGCCGCUUUCUUUAAAAACAUAUCGGUUAUUGCUGGGGACACAAACGAACCAUUCAUGUUUCAAUAUAACUCUCGCUGUUCGUUUGAACUCCGUAUCCCGGACUCGCAGUGUGGAUGGGAGACAUUAAUUUCGGAGUCAAUCGCAAUUAGAUCGGAUCUCGAUGCUUCUUGCUCCAGCGAUGUCUCCGGCAAUCCAUCGUUGUCAGUGGUAGAAUUCGAAGGGUUGGGAAGUGGGCCAACUCUGAAUCGAAUAUGCGCUCGCAAUCCGGAACACUUGCUCGAACGGUAUGCCAUAAGAAAACUAUUGGACAUCACUCCAGGUGGUGUUAGAGUGACCUCGGAGCAGCACAUUUGCGAUGGUGUUUGGAACAUUGAUGAUUUCCAAAUUGAUUGUGACGAGCAUGAGUAUGUUGUCGGCUUGACAGUUGGCAACGCCGUGACAAAUAGUCUUCCAUCAGAAUUGAAGUUUCUAAGGAGAUUAGAAUCUUUUGUACUAAACACAUCUCCAAAUGGGAUAGAGAUGUUACCAUCUGAAAUUGGCUCACUCUCUCUCUCUUGA